GGUAUUUUUUGUCGCGCGCUUCGAUAGAAAAUGGCGUAACGCGAACGUUUACAUCGAGAAAUUUCUACAAGAUUAUUGUUAUUGCAACUUCAAAUAAAAGGAUUUAAAUCUAGACUAUGGGUCGAAGUAGGAGCAGGUCACCCCCACGACGUGAGAGACGCCGCUCGCGCUCGACUUCACGGGACCGCGAGCGCAGGCGCAGAGAACGUGAGAGGGAGCGCACGCGCUCGCGAUCUCGAGACCGGGACAGGGACCGUGAAAGGGAACGGCGUAGGAGCCGCUCGCGCUCUCCGCACAGGCGGCGAUCAAGGUCUCCACGGCGACACCGUUCGUCCUCACUGUCGCCGCUCAGGCAGAAGGACAGACGAGAGGAUGAGCGGAAGGAGGUGAAGGAGAAGCCUGUGAAGGUCCAUCAGAUAUCAGCCGAGGACAUGCAGGGGAAAACGGAGGAGGAGAUUGAGAUGAUGAAGCUGAUGGGCUUCGGUUCCUUUGACACCACGAAGGGUCGGAAGGUGGACGGUUCUGUAAACGCACACGCCAUCAACGUCACGCAGAAGAGGAAAUACAGGCAAUACAUGAACAGGAAAGGUGGCUUCAACAGACCACUGGACUUCAUCGCUUGAUUGAAGAUGGAUCUCCGCGACUUUAACGAGUGCCGCGUUGAUGUUUAUAGUGUGUUUUCUUUCCUAUUUGUUGCGCAUAUAUUUUAAUUUUUGUUUGUUUGACUAAUACUACAGGCCUAAAUCUGUUCAUAUACAUAUAAUGUACAUAUAUACCAACAUUCAAUAAAAUUUGACAUCAUUGCA